CAUAAAUAUUCAUCGGAUUAUCGCUUGCAUAUGCAGAAGCUCUGUAAAUUAAUCCUACCGUUCUUGUUAACUGUUGCCUCUUCCUUAGGAGGCAGCAAGCGAUCGAGAAGUUGGAUUAAUUAAGAACAAGUAGCUGCAUUUGAUUUUGCUGUUUCGUACCUUGUGGGUCUUGUGUUUUUUUUUUAAUCUAAGUACACAAAUACAGACGGAGAAUAGAUACUUUUGGGGCUCGAUAAAAUUGAAACCAAACGGAAAGACUGAGGGCCAAAAUUAGAAGAUGCGGAGCAUGGCGAGUUCAGCCUCAUCCAGAGGGAAUAUUGCUGCCAUUGUUGGUGUGGGGCCGAAACUCGGCCGCUCUAUCGCCCGCAAGUUCGCCCACGAAGGCUAUACUGUUGCCAUCCUCGCCCGUGACUUAGGUAGAUUAUCAAGAUUUGCAGAUGAGAUAGCGCGAGAAGAAAAAGCUCAGGUCUUUGCCAUCAGGAUAGAUUGUUCAGAUUCCCGAAGCAUAAGAGAGGCAUUUGAGGGAGUUCUAUCACUGGGCUUUGUUGAAGUGUUGGUCUACAAUGCAUACCAGCCAAUAUCUUGGCACCCCACAAACUUCACAGACAUUAGAGUUGAACACUUUGAGAAAUCUCUCGCUGUCUCUUCCGUCGGCGCCUUCCACUGCGCUCAACAGGUACUUCCAGGUAUGGUGGAAAGAGGAAGAGGGACAAUUCUUUUUACUGGUUGUUCAGCUUCUCUUAGUGGCAUUGCCGGUUAUUCUGAGUUAUGCUGUGGGAAAUUUGCAAUGAGAGCCUUAUCUCAAUGUCUGGCAAAGGAGUUUCAACCUCUUGGAGUACACGUGGCGCAUGUCAUCAUCCACGGCAUCGUUGGCACGCCCCGGGGGGCAAUAGCAUCGAGUUCGCAGCACAGGUUGUUGGUUGGGGAACAACAGCACCAACAAACCAGGGGAGGGGAAGGGGAGGGGUGGAUGGACCCAGAUGCGCUGGCUCAAACCUACUGGUAUUUGCACAUCCAAGACCGAUCCGCUUGGACCCAAGAGAUUGAUCUCCACCCCUCAAACCAAAGAUACACGUAGAUCAAAUAACGAUCAACUUAUAUUUGUGGCUUAUAUAUAGAGGUGUGAUAUUAUCCUCUCUUCCUCCUGUAUUAUAUUUUUAGUUAGCUGCAAAAUGGCAAGAUGAUAGCUGCAUCAUUGCCAUUGUUGCCCCUAUAUAUCAAAAAGGAACGUUAAGAAUUUUAAUAUGAACAUAUAUGUACAUUUUAGUUAUUAGAGUAUGAUUGAACAAUUGUGGCCUUGUGACAUCGAAUUUGGUUUGGCAAUGGAAUAAGAAUUGCAUUUA